AUGGCGGCGGAUUUGAAAAGAUGCGGUGAAAUGUGCUCAAUUGAUUUAAUGGUUCUGUACGAAAACGAUGGUUUAUUUAUCAAGUAUGGUGAUGGCCAAUCUAUUGAACUGUCUCCUUGCGGAUCGGCGUUUGUUCAUCGUCAAACAGCCUUGAGUAGCCGUGCCCAGUUUCGACAACUGACGAGAUUUGCCGUGAGCUCGUUUCGAUCGAAAAUAAAAGAGGCUGUUAGGAUUCGUAAUUUGUUUGCGGCCAGACCAUACCUGUCUAAGGAACUAGCAGAUCCACAGGACCUUAAGGUUGGCUACAAAGAUGUCACGCAGUGUUGUUGGCCUGAUGAAACUUCCACAUGUCUUAUUACAAAAAUGUCAGAUGGUUCAGCGUGUGUCAUAUCUGUAGAUGGCUUGGCAAGCUUAACUCUUAUGCCUCACAGACAAACGUUUAUUGUUAAGUUCCUUGCAGAAGUUAGAUACAACUCAACCCAGGUGGCAGAAAACAAAGUCUUGGAGAUGCAACAUCAGAAGCAUUAUUUUACUUUGCAAGAAAAAAUUCAUUCAGUAUUUUCCUAUCCUGAGGCAUGGAAGUAUCCCCUUCAACUUGUUUUUGAUGCAGUCAAUAACAAAGACAAAGAUCCUUCCUGCUCCCUGCACAAAGUAACAACUUUACCAGUCUCUCUGCCAGUCACAUGUAAUGCUUCUCAUCUUCACACUUGGAACAUUCAGAUGCCACAUGAUGAUAGCUGCCUGAACUGUGAGUUCCUCUGGAAGCCAAAAGUGAUUUGGAAAGAUGGUGUCACUUAUAGAGUUUUUGGUCAGUCACCUGGCUUGUUCACCAUUGAGAUUUACCCAGUGGAUGGCUCUGUUAUAAGGUCACAACAACCAAAUGGAAGAUAUUUUGAUCACUGGUUUGUUCAUAACAGAGAACAAACUGGCUUGCAGGAAGUUGAGAUUCAAGAACGAGUUUACUCUGCUGAUAAACCACUUCCAGACAGAACACUGCAGAGAAUGGAAUAUUCUAUUGGUCGACUUGUGAAACAAGCCACAAGAUACAUAGAAUUCCUCAAUAAUGCUGGACAUCAAGGAGGAGAACGUUGUUGUUGGAAAGAGACAUCAGAAUCCACACCUGUAUUAUCCAAGCCAUGUUGCCCAGCACAAAUUGUGGAUGCUGCAGAUGUUCCAGGCACAGGCAGAUUCAAGGCUUACUCAAAUGGACACAUCAAUGUAGUGUUCAGUGACAGAACAAUCCUGGAUAUAAGGAAUCCAAGUGACCAUGAACAAAAUGAUCCACAGAACUGCUGGUGUCAGCUAGUUCUUCCAAAUGGGAAUGUUCAGCAGUUUAAACUGAAUGAUGCAAAGCAUUGUGGUUUCUACAAAAGGUAUAUAGAAAUAGCUUUGCAUUGGGCAGAGUGGGUGGUUGCCACACCCUCACAGAGGAGAACCUUUUACAAAGACACAAUAUGGGACCCUGAGAGAAGAAGGGCUGUUGACAUUGAAAUGGAAAAAAUUCAGAGAUUCAAUUACAUUCAUAAUCAACAGCAUGUUGCACAUUUGGUGGGAAAAAAGUUUCAGGAUAGUCAGGAGGCUACUGAAAAGAACAGGAUGGAACCAGGCUCUGGCCAAGAUGACAGGGAAUCUUUGAUCAGGAAAGUUCUGGAACAGACAAAUGAGGCCAUAUGCCAUAUUGAUGGUCUACUAACUACAUUAAAAUGUUCAUCUUAAAGGAAAUGCUUCCACUGUUAUUGCACUCACUAUUUACAUCUUUG